CAGUGGGUGCAAGUAGUCUCUCUUUGGUCCGUCUUUGAUUGUGUAUCCCGGCGCCACCAUCACCAUCACGAUCACCAUCACCCUCCUCAUCCUCGCCUCGAAACCACCCCCACCAUCUCCACCCCCACAACCACCACUAUGUGUAUUCCGGCGUGAUCCACCACCGAUUCCACCACCAUCCCCACCUUCACAGGAUAAUUUGACAUGAACUUGAGUUCCAGUUUCAUCACUUGUAUACUUUAUUUCAGAAUUAUCCUGGUAUAACAUAAAUAAAAUAUUCCAUUGGAAAGAUGGAGAUCACCAAUGUUGUGGAGUAUGAGGCUAUUGCAAAGGAUAAAUUGCCAAAGAUGGUUUAUGAUUUUUUUGCAUCAGGAGCAGAGGACAAGUGGACUCUCCAAGAGAACCGAAACGCGUUUUCAAGGAUUUUGUUCCGACCUCGUACUCUUAUUGAUGUGAGCAAGAUAGACAUGAACACGACUGUUUUGGGCUUCAAGAUUUCAAUGCCCAUCAUGAUUGCUCCUACCGGUAUGCAGAAACUGGCUCACCCUGAAGCGAUGGAACGUUUUGAUGCAGGAGAAUAUGCAACGGCAAGAGCAGCAUCGGCUGCUGGCACAAUCAUGACACUGUCAACGGCAGCUACUUCCAGUGUCGAAGAGGUUGCUUCAACAGGACCUGGCAUUCGCUUUUUCCAACUCUAUGUGUACAAGGAUAGAAAUUUGGUUGCACAACUUGUGAAGAGAGCUGAAAGGGCCGGAUUUAAGGCAAUUGCCCUUACUGUGGAUACUCCAAGACUCGGCCGGAGGGAAGCUGAUAUCAAGAACAGGUUUAUUUUGCCACCACAUUUGACGUUAAAGAAUUUUGAAGGAUUGGAUCUUGGCAAGAUAGAUCGGACUGACGACUCUGGAUUGGCUUCAUAUGUUGCUGGCCAAAUUGACCGGUCUCUUAACUGGAAGGAUGUGAAGUGGCUUCAGACAAUCACUCAAUUACCCAUUCUAGUGAAGGGUGUUCUAAUUGCUGAGGAUGCGAGGAUAGCAGUGGAAGUUGGAGCAGCAGGAAUCAUAGUGUCAAAUCAUGGAGCUCGCCAACUUGAUUAUGUCCCUGCAACUAUUAUGGCUUUGGAAGAGGUCGUCAAAGCUGUGCAAGGCAGAAUCCCGGUUUUUCUGGAUGGUGGGGUUCGGCGCGGGACAGAUGUCUUCAAAGCAUUGGCUCUUGGAGCUUCUGGCAUAUUUAUCGGAAGGCCAGUGUUGUUUUCAUUGGCUGCCGAUGGCGAAGCUGGUGUAAGAAAAGUACUUCAAAUGCUCCGUGAUGAGUUUGAGCUAACUAUGGCUUUAAGCGGUUGCCGCUCGCUCAAGGAGAUUACCCGCGACCACAUUCUGACUCCAUGGGACUCUCUUCGCAUUGCGCCCAGGUUAUAGGAUGGCCUCCCCCCUAAAUCUGCAAUGAUAUAAUGAAAGGUUUGAGUUUCAAGGGUUUUUCUGAUAUUAGAAUAAUUUAUCUCAGUUUCAAGAAUUCAGAAAUAUUUAGAAGAAAUAAAUAAUAUUUCCAUAAAUAAUUACCAUUAGUUUUGAUGUAUAUUAUGUACCAAAAGGGAGGGAGAAAAAAAAGAGAGGAUUUGAUGUAUGUGACUUUCUUUGAAGCAGAAUAUUUUUCUAGUCUUAA